AUGACUACUGCGCACCGGCCGACUUUUGACCACGCUCGCGGCCGCGACAACGUGCGGUCCACGAUUAUUCACAAACGGGCAAUGCCGGCGCACAUGGCGAUGAAGUACCGGCGAGAAAAACGGGCGACGGACGACGACUGGGACGGGCCGUCGGAGUACGAGGUGGACAAGAGCGAGGUUCAGCAAUUGCGAAGCGAAUUGGAGAAUCAGAACAGGGCCAAAAACGAGGGCGAAAAUGAGGAAAAUCAGCCGGAGAUUGACGAGUUAGAACGCAGCAAACAGCUGUUAUUGGAAACAAAGGAUAUAGACACAGAUAGCGAAAGCCAGAGCGAGAGUGAAAGCGAAGAGGAGGAGGAUGAGGAAGAAGACGAAGAUGCUGAGUUGCUGCGAGAGCUGGAGAAAAUCAAGCGCGAAAAAGAGGCUCGGCAGGCCAAGCAGAAAGAGGAGGAGCUAGCUCGACGAGCCGCGAGCUCGAACCCGCUGGUGCAGUUCAGUGACAGCGUGCACAAGUCGUGGCGGUCGACGACAUUCAGAAGAAAGGAAAAAGCCAGCAGGCAGGACAGCUACGUCAACGAUAUGCUCCGCAGCGAUUUCCACAAGCGGUUUAUGGACAAGUACGUGAAAUGACGAUCUAUUACGUUCUAUGAUUGGUGCCACAGUCUUCUAAACAUAGCCUUGGCGACCUCUUUGAGGAAGGGCCAGCCGUUGUCGCUUCGAACGGCGUCGCCAUUCUCCUCGAGUCUGCGCAAGAGAUACUCCUUGGUUUCCUUCGGAGGGCCCCACGGAACGUAUUUGAUCACGUUCUUGACGUCGUACCUGUUCAUCAGCUCGAACGUGAUGUUGUCGGCCAUGCCGAGCAGCUGGCCGAGGACGACGUUGGCCCGGACGCGCGCGUCGGCCUUUUGCAGCAGCUGUGUGGCCUUCAGUUGCGACUCUCUGUUGUGCGACGCAACAACGAGAUGCCCCACGGCUGGCUUUUCCGAGCUCAUGUUGGCGAUCGAGGCUGCGAUGCCUGCGUCGUAGUUCUGGUCGGUAUCCUGUUUUGUCGCGAAAAUCACCGUUCUGUCCGGCUCUGAGUGGAUAUAUGCACCUCUCACGAGCUUCCAGCCCAGCAUGUAGCCGUCCUUACGUGCUAGCCUCUCUUCUUCAGCAAGAAUGUGGCUUGAUUCUUGCAAAUACAUCUGGACAGUGCCAAUAACGUUGACUUUGCCAUUGUUGAACUCGCGAAACAAGUCUCUCUGGAGUCGGUAGACGCCGUGCUGGAGAUCACUGCGCUCCGCGUCGAUUACGGCCGCCACGAACGGAGCCGUUCUGCCUGGGUACUGUUUGGCCAGUUUCUCAUUUUCCUGUGCCACGACACGACAAAUGUCGCGGCAAUUGCUCAGCAGCUGCUGGUACCCGGCGUCGUACUUGGCGUCGUUGUGGUUUCGCAAAAUCUCGGCCGCGUUUUCAAUCAGGCCCGUCGGCUUGAGCGCAACGUAACCCGGCGGCACAGAGUUGAUGUCCGCAGCCUGUGAGAUCAUCUUGGCCGUGUGCGGAACUAGCACCUGCGAAAUCGACUGCUGCGUUUGCUCGACGAUCUGGCUGACCGGCACCGACGUCUGGGCGCCGUCGCAUGCCUCAAUCGUCAGCGACAGCAUCAUGUUCUGGAUGCCGCGCUGGGCAAGGCGGUCGCCUGUCUGGAGAACCUGUGCAAGGUUGUCUCCGCCGCAGUAAUUGCGGUAAACAAGCAGCUUGACCAGCCAGAGCGGCGUGUACGGGAAAAGAGAAAUGACCAGGUUGAGCGUGGACUUGGAGAGGGUGGCCAGGCCGAUCACGCCGUAGCCCAGGAGCUCGGGCGUGGUGAGGCUGUCGAGAUAGGAUUUGCCCGAUGACUGGAGACGGUGGGACACUAGCGGCGCCCGUGGACGCAGAGCAAGGCCUGGUCGCAGUGGGCGGGAGACGAGCGCUUUCAGUCUGAGCAUUAGCGGAAAAUGAGCGUCAUGUUGCGAUAAUUGCGAUAUUUAUAUACUAGCAGAAUAAAGGUCUGAU